AUGUUGCCUUCUGAAAAUCCUUCGACUCAUUUGAAUACUGGACGAAAUGUGAUCGCUGAAGAAUUACUAACUUCUCGAGAUAAAAAAGAUACAAACGAUCCCAAUUCUUUUAUUUACGAUAGUGUAUCAAAUGAUCAACCUAUCAAUAAUAGUUCGUUUUUUUCUGGAUUUGAUAUUAAAUCAAUGCUUAGUUCGCAAAUUUUGAAUCGUAAUCUUUCUGAAAAUCCAAAUCAAGUUGUUAAUGAAGCUGGCUCCGAAAAUAAGAAGCAUAUCGUUUCUGAGAAUGAUGACGACAUGGAAAACUUGAACGAUUUAGCUAAAUUCAUUCCAGGAUUAUACCGUUUAUUAGACUUGUGUAAGGAUGAUGGAUCCAACGGAUUAGUUGACAAAAUUAUUAUUUCGAAAGAAGGGUUAAAGGAUUUGUGUAAUGACUAUGUAAAAGAUAGUUUUAAAUCGAUCUCAGACAUUGAUUAUAAUCAAUUGAAUUCUUGUUCCAUGAAAUUAAUUGGAUGUUACGGAAAUCAUGUUUUAAUUGCAAAGCUUUUGCUAGACAAAGAUAUAAUCGAUCAAAAAUUAUAUGAAAUGCUGAUUCGUUCGUCACAACAAGCUUCUAAUAUCCAGGAACCUGAUAACAAGCUAUCUCUUCGCCCAGGAAUUUAUUUCUUAAAAAUAAAUCUCGACUUAGGAUUAGUGAUUCAUUGGCCGGAAUAUGGAUGUUAUGAAGAUAAUACUUCUUCUCAACGAAAAAAGAAUAUGAUCAAUCUUCACAGGUAUAUGACAAAAUUAACAGACUGCCAAAUUUGUUUAAUGAGCGAUCAAGAUUUAAAUAGUUUUGAUUGGGAAAAAGAAGAUGAUGACGAAGUAUUAAAUUAUAAUAAUAAGAUGUGUGUUGAGUUUGAAGUUAAGAAAAGUCAAGAAGAACAAGAGGAUUUUAAGGUUUUUAACGGUUUUAACAUUCCGUUGCCAAAGCUUAUCAAAUCAGAAAUUGAAAAAUCUUAUAAUGAUGAGUUAUAUCCAAAAAUUGUCGAGUCAGUUUCAUACCAAGCUUUUAUUACACGAAACAUAAUUCCACCCUCGAAUGUUAUGAAACCAGGUACUGCCACUAUAAGGAAAGGAGAUUUCAAUAAAGAAUUUAUGAAUCGAUGGGGAAAAUUUUCU